AGUUUCUGCCCAAGCUGGUCCCCAGUGUUGACCUGCAGAGAUGGUGGUGGAGACGGCCGCCAAGCCUCCUGGCAAAGCUGUCAAGCCAGAUGAUCCGACCGUGGUCAUAUCGAAGAUGCUUUCCUGGCUUCUGCGGCAUGGAAUCAAGCACAAGAGCGUGGGCUUGACCUCAGACAGCGCAGAUGGCUGGGUGAAGGUGAACGACGUAUUGGCAUCUGACUACUUCAAGGACAUGACUCGGGAGAUUCUGAUGAAGGUGAUUGUCGACUCGAAUGCGCAGAAGCUCCGCUAUCAACUGAGCCCGGACUGUGUGUACAUCCGAGCGUACAACAAGGAUGAGAAGAAGGCUUUCAAAGAAGGCGCGACAAGCGCUGCCGCAGCGUCAGUGCCAUCCCCUGAAAAGAAAGGAGGUGCGGUGACAGGAACACUUCGAGGUGAUGCUCCUGAAUUCGUUCCAUCCUCCAAUCCUUUGCUGCCACCAAUGCAAGCCGCAGGCUACCCUCCAUUUCCGCUGCCCUUUCCCUAUCCACAACUCGGUCAACAACCGACCAUGAUGCCCCCCUACAUUCCAGUUCAGGUGCAGCACAAAGGCGCAGCGACGGGAAAUGUUACACGCGAACUUGGAAGAAUAAAGUCCUUCUACGAUGAUAAAGGAUAUGGAUUCAUUGAGUGUCCAAGAGUCACGCAACAAUUUGGCCGAGAUCUCUUUGUUCACAAGGCUCAACUAAAUGGCUUCAAAGUGGGUGAUGAGGUGACCCUGACAGUGACUGUGAACGAGGCAGGCAUGCCACAGGCACAAGAUCUACAAUCUGCCACAGGAUCUCCAGCACCAAAGGGAAAAGGCAAGGGAAAGGAGAAAGGGAAGGAAAGGGGUAAGGAUAAGGGAGAAGGCAAGGGCAAAGAAGGCAAAGGAAAGGGCGAGGGCAAAGGGAAGGCAGAUGGUAAAGGCAAGGCAGAAGGCAAAGGCAAGACCAAGGACGGAAAGAAGAAGAAAAAAGAAGAGAAGAAAGAAGAAGCUGAAGCAGCCGCUGAGGACUAGCUCACAUGACGCCUGGCUACAACAGGCGAAUAUGUCCAUAGAGCGCUUGAGAAACAGUGCAGUCAGAAAAGUCAAGGCAGCCCGAAACAAGUUCAACGAGUGUGGGCUGAUCUUCAACCGUUUUCUCUUCUGGGGGCACAAGACUCAAGGCUCUUCGGUUGCCUUGCAGCUCUUGAAGGCUGCAGUGUGGCCACAGUGUCACUAUCAUUUGGUCAAAAUUUGACAAAACGCCUUUGACCGCCUUUGACGGCUUUAUCUAUUUGCCCUCAAUGACGAGGGAGUGAUCCUUUCGCCUUUCAGACAUGAUGCGCCUCAGACAGGUGCAGUCAGCCGUUUAACACGCAGACUGAUCAUCCGACAUGCUUACUCAAAAUUAAGUAUUUUGGUAACUGCUUGUGUACUUUCGGC